GACAAUCUGACAUGGCCAUGGCGCUUGCGUCGUCAGCUUAGUUCCUUUAGCACUGUGCAAAAAGCGCGGUGUGGUGUGUUCUACAUUUCCAUCGGAUUUAAGACAUUAAAAUGUUCUCAUCCCUGUUGGACGUGGCGCGGAACUCGCCCUUCCGUGGCCCACUCUCCCCCGCGCAGUGCGAGCCCAUCGCCGCACCACAAGUUGAACAGAGUGGCAUGGCUGCAGCGACGGCGGUGCAGGGCGACUCUUGCGAGUUCGCCUCGUCCAAGUACUUCGCCCUUUGCGGUCUGGGAGGCAUCUUAUCCUGUGGUAUAACUCACACCGCUGUGGUUCCCUUGGAUCUGGUGAAGUGCCGGCUGCAGGUGGACCCUGAUAAGUACAAGAAUGUGCUGACUGGGUUCAAAGUGUCAGUGCGCGAGGAGGGCGUCCGCAUCCAAACAAUGCCUGGAUUUGCGUCUACACUGCGUGAGGCGUGGCCGAAGAUGGUACAGAACGAGGGCUACGGUACUUUCUACAAGGGCUUGGUGCCAUUAUGGGGUCGUCAGAUACCGUACACCAUGAUGAAAUUCGCUUGCUUCGAGAAGACCUUGGAACUCCUUUAUAAGCACGUGGUGCCGAAGCCCCGUGAGCAGUGCACGAAGGGUGAACAGCUGGUGGUGACAUUCGCAGCGGGAUACAUCGCUGGUGUCUUCUGUGCUAUUGUGUCACAUCCAGCUGACACCGUCGUCUCCAAACUUAACCAGGACAAGACAGCGACGGUUGGUUCUAUCGUUGGCAAGUUGGGUUGGGCCGGAGUAUGGAAGGGUCUCGGACCCAGGAUCAUCAUGAUUGGUACACUCACUGCCCUGCAAUGGUUCAUCUAUGACGCUGUCAAGGUAUGGCUGCGCAUGCCGCGACCACCGCCAGCAGAGAUGCCGGAAUCUAUGCGCAAACGUCUCGAAGCUGAGGAAGCAGCGAAAUCCAAGUGAACAUACAUAAGCCCAUACAUUCACACACCAUGCACAUAAACCCAUACAAAUAUAUUGAAAUUAAUAUAGAAUACAAGACCCUUGAGACUUGGGAUUUUAUUAUGUAUUUUGUCUCUUUCUUUCUCAAUAUGAGUGAGAAGGACAAUCUGUUUUAGUUAUAAUCUCAUUUUAUGUUCUGUGCUGUGAUAUGCGUGGAUUUUGUAAGAACUUUUUUUUUAAUUAUUUUUAUUUUUGUUGCCAUUUUUUAUAUAUAUAUAUUACAAUGGUAGUAAAUAAGUUACUAACGAAAAUAUCAAGAUACGGGGGCACGAUACUUCAGUGGGGUCACUAUAAUUCAAUUAAAUUGUCGAUGGGGUCACUGUAAUUCAAACUAUUUUUUUCUCAUCCAUGUUAUGCGCAAACUAGCUAAUUAAUAUUAUGUGCAUGGUUUUUUUUAAUAAACUCAAAGUAUAUAACAUACGACUGUUUCCGUAGUUUAUUGCAUUAUAUAUAUAGGUUCAUGUGAUUAUUUUAUUUAAGGAAUCAUGUUAAAUUAUUACUCGAAUAAAUAUUUUUUUUUUUCGUAUGUAUUUAUUAUUAUUUUUUAUUAAUAAAACACCUUAGUACAUGUUUUAAUAGGCAAAGUGUAACCAAAGUGUUAUUAAUGUGAAAUAAAAUCGCUAAUAGUUCUGAA